UCAAUCAAAUCAAUCAGUCAAAACAAAAACAAAUAUUAUAUUGAGUUAAUGAUCCUUAUUACUAUGCAAGCGUUAUUUAAUUAAUACCUAUAAGGCUAAAUAUUGUAAAACUACACACGGUUUGUCAACUACAAAAGUUAAAUGUUAACAUAAAAUCGAUGUUAUCUGUUGAACAUGAGUUUGGUCAACAAGAUUGGAAAUGCCAAAAAAACUGGAAAAAGUAAAAAUUUGGCAUACAAGUGUGAUUUGUGUCCGAAGAGAUUCGGCAACAAGAGGGCUUUAGUCAGCCACGGCUACUCUCACACCAACGAGACUCCGUUCCAAUGUACACUGUGUAAUUAUGCAGGCAAGACGAAGAAGUACCUUAGUCGCCAUAUCAAGGCAAUGCACUUGCGAGAUAGAAAUGUCGAGUGCGAGGUGUGUGGAAAGGCGUUCCAAUUCGAGUCUAAGCUGAAGAAACAUAUGCUGGUACACACUGGCGAGAAACCAUACAAAUGUGGGAUAUGUGAGAAGGCAUUCAAUUCUUCCUACUCUCUCAACACACACAAACUCAUACAUACAAAUUCGAAACCAUUCAAAUGCACGUUCUGUCCGUACGCUUGCCGCGACUCCUCGACGCUGCGGAAACAUAAGGAAAGGCACAUGGGAAAAUUCAAGUACUACACAUGCAGCGUCUGUAAUGUGAGCUGCGGAACGAGGGCCACAUUGAAAGUUCACAUAGCGGAGAAGCAUUUCAACAUCGACAUGAAGAGGAUGGAGUGUGACGCCUGCGGCCAACGGUUCAAAUUGAGACAGACGUUGGUUACCCAUAUUGUGUACUCUAGGGAGGGUACAAACUAUUCCAGGAGGCUUCGUGUUAAAGGUCUCUGCCAAAUCAAAGCUACUCUGAAGGUAUACAUAGCGAAGCAUUUCGACAUCGACAUGAUGAGGAUGGAGUGUGACGCCUGCGGCCAACGGUUCAAAUUGAGACAGACGUUGGUUACCCAUAUUCAAACCGUCCACGACAAGUCCAGAUCGGCGAAAUGUGACAUAUGCGGAAAAAUUCUCAGCAACAGAGGCAAUAUGCGCUCGCAUUUACGGACACACAUCAGCCAAAAACCGUACAAGUGCACCUUCGGGGGAUGCGGGAGGAGGUUUAAAGACGCUAGCAGUCGCGGCAAGCACGAAAUAAAGCACUACCCAGAACGCCAGUUCCCGUGCAAGAUUUGCGACAGGCUAUUCACUAGGGAAUAUCGCAUGCGCCGACAUCUGAACACGCACAUGGUCAAGGUCAAGAAAGUCCAGUGUGAUUAUUGUGGGGUCCGGUUCUACAACAAAAAUUACCUAAGCACCCAUAUACAAAGAAAGCAUGGCAGAAAAAAACAGAAGUACGUGUGCGAUCUGUGCGGGUUGGUGACUACAAAUAAGCCUAGCAUAGUCAUGCACAUCAAAUACGGACACGACCCCGAUAAGCUUAAGGAAAUAAUAUGCGACAUCUGCCAGAAGACAUUCAAGAGCGAUUUUAACUUGAAACUUCAUUAUUGGAGAGCACAUCAAAAGGAGUACAUGAUUCCGCGCAAAUUCAAAAGAAAAUCUAGGAAAAAGAAUGAGUCUGCAGUACAACUGAAGGAGGAGCCGAUAGACAAUGGUUACGAGGGCGGAAGCUAUUUCGAAGUCGCCCCCAAAAUAGAACCUUUGGAUGAGGAACAGUUAGAAGAACAGACCAUGGCUCCUGAACCGGACAUCCAGAUCCAACUCGAAGAUAUCCCCAACGACGUGCUGGAAGAGUUCAUCACUCCAGUACAGAAGGGCCAUGAGGACAGAAGGCUGAAAUAUACUGAACAUGUUUUCGUCGACAAAAAAUCGGAGAAGCAAGUGAGGAAAAGAAUCGACCGCCUGAUGGAGGAAAGAAACAAAAAGGCAGAAGAGAGAGUUGAGGAGAUACGCAAGAAGUACGAAGAAAGAGCAAGGAAGAUGGCCAGCAGGACGCUCGAGAAGACGAGGAAGAAGUACAACAGGCUGAUACAGAACGCCAUCAAGAACUCUGCGAAGAAAGGUAAAUCUGUUGCUGAAUUUUGUGAAAUUUUCAGAAAAAUUAAAAUAAAACAUGGCGCUAUUUCUGCGCAAGAUCAACAUCCGGAUUCGUUGUUAGAAGCAAACUUCUUCAUAAAGCAGACAAUAGACAAUAGAGAUCGUAUUGUAGAUGAACCAGUCAGAGUCGAUAUAGAAGAGCAACGAAAAGAUAUCAACGAAAUUAUGAGAAUAGAUGAUAAUUAUUCAUUAGAUGAAGAAGAGGAUAUAGAUGAAAAUAACGAAAUAGCUAAAGAAGAAGAACGAAUAAAUACAAUGGAAGAAAAUAAUGAAAUAGCUAAAGAAGAAGAACGAAUAGAUACAAUUGAAGAAAAUAACGAAAUAGCUAAAGAAGAAGAACGAAUAGAUAAAAUUGAAGAAAAUGAAAUAGAUCAGAAAGAAAAUGAACAAGACAGCAUUGAAGAAAAUAGUCUAGACAAUAUUGAAGAGCAGUCUAGAAAUGAUAUCGAUGAAAACGGAACUAGUACAAGAGACGAAGGGAUAGAAAAAGAUAUGAGGAGAAAAUCGGGCAGGAAUAGGAAAUUGAAUUUCAAGUAUAUCGAUGAAGAUGGAUCAUGCACAGGAGAUAAACGAGAAAAAAAAGAUAAGGGCAGUAAACCGGACCAAAAUAGGAAAUUAAAAUUCAAUACACACCAGUGCUACGUUUGUUUUAAGUUGUACCAAACCAAAGAGGAGCUUUUAGACCACUGCAAAGACCACUUCGAUCAGUGCGAGAUGCAGACUCUCAAGAAAUGUCCCCUCUGCGACUACUCCACCAAUCUCAGCAUCACCAGACACUUGAAACUAACACACAAGAUCAAAGUCAAGGUACUGUACGGAUCCUUCAAAGAUAAUAAACAGAGUAACGGACCAAAAUACUAUUAUGAAGUCAACGAUGAAAGAAUAAAGAAAUUAGAAAUAAUACCUAGUAUAAAGAAACUUAAUAAAAGAGAAAGCUGCAAAAUUGAUAAAAGGAAUAGAGAGAAGAAGAACAAAGAGGUAUUGAAGAGUAAGCUUGUUAAGAAAGGUAAGGAAUGGAUAGUUAUGAAAGAGAAAAUAAAGAUUAAUUUUAAAGACUGUUUGCUACCUAAGUUUGAUAAACUUGAAAGUAUAAGUGUUAAAGGUAGCUAUGUUGAUAGAUUGAAAGAACUUUAUAAGCUAGCAAAGAAGAACGGUAAUAAAAUGGUGUUCCCUUGCGAUUCUUGUGAUAAAAUAUGUCAAUCACUUGCCGCUUUGAAACUACAUAAUAGAAAACAUGAGGAAAAUCCAAAACCUUUUAAGAAAAAAGUUUGGAAACAUAAACUUAAAGGGAAUAAUGUUGAUAAGAAGAAAGUAAAUAGGGUAGUUACAAAUUUAGACAAUCGUACUGCUAAACCAAAACCAGUAGUAAACAAACAUAAAUGCGAUAAAGAACUCAUCGAGUUUUAUGAACAAAAUAUAAAAGGUAGUGAUGUGGAAUUCUGGCAGUUCUUAAAAAUAUAUAACAAAAUGGAACGAGAAAAUAUCAAUGAUUUUGAAGAUUUACAAAAAAGUACCCAUUUUGGAUUACAUUGUAAUGAAGAGGUAGAAAAUACAAAUGAUUUCAAUGAUUGCAAUCAACCCAAAGAUUCUUUGAAUAGUGAUUUGAGAAAAGAAAAUAGUAAUAACAUUAGGAAUAAAACUGUCAAAAAAACAGUCAAAAAGACUGUAAGAAAUGCAUUUACAAGGGUGGUAAGAUUAAGCAAACGAGAAGCGAUGAAAAGGGACGAAGCUAGAAGAAGAUUGAGGGAGAAACUUAAGUGUAGUAGCUAAAAUAGUAGAGAAAUUAUUAGGAGUUUAUUAUAUCUAAUAAAAGUUCUAGUUAGCAGUGAAAAUAUUUGAAAAAUUGCCAAUAACUGUUUAUCUAAUAUACAAUGUAACACGAAUUCUGCACUUAGUUAUAUUAAUUAAUAGCAAAGAGAAUUUGAAAUAGAUUUUGAUUGUAGUAAACUUUGUAGCCACAUUAAAUUUACUGCCAUCUUUCGCCACAUGACUUUUAGAACGCCAUUUGACUGUGAUCCUUAUUCUUUCCAUGAUGUUUCUUAAAUUUGUUAAAUAUCAAAAAGUGGCGCCAUUGCUCGAAAAGAUGCCGCCAUACAUUUGGCCUAUGCUCUAGUAGAUGGCGCCAAUUUUUGAUAUUUAACAAAUUUAACAAUGAAAGAAUAAGGAUCAAAGUCAAAUGGUGUUCUAAAAGUUUAUCAUGUGUCGAAAUCGAAAGAUGUCUCUUUGCUAAUAGUAAGAACAUUUUUUUAUUUAUUUUUUUUAAUUAUGCCUAGAGUGGCUUAUAAUAAAUAUUAGCCUUAGUUUGCCCAACGUUUUUAAGGAAUUUAACGUUGAAAGGGUUAAAAUGUCGACACAGGGCAUCUUUAUCACUACACCUUAUUGGGAGCGUGCAUGACUGUCACGCAACCUAGUGUCCGCAAGUCUAGGGGAAAAGGUCAAUUCACUACAUCUUAUAAAACUACUCUAAAACUAAAAACUACUGAACGGAUUUUCAUACGAUUUUCAUCUAUCAAUAGAGUGAUUCUUGAGGAAGGCUUAAGUAUAUAACUUGUUAAGGUUUUGUGUAAAUUGUUUGAAAUAUAACGAUGUUGUCGGAAAAAAUCACGCUGGCUAGGAGCUUUAAUCGAAAACGCUGCCUAAUCCGUUUGAGCUACAACAACACAAUGUAUGGUGGGGUUGUUUCUCAUUCAUAGGUCUACAAAAAAGUCCGCGAUGUUAAAUGUCUAUCUUUAAAGGAUAACUUACUAUAUCCAUUCUUAACUUCUAGAAAAAGAUACGUAAUAUGUGGCAUUUGCAAAGCUAUUUACAUGGAUACAUUAUUAACAAUUAUCAAAAUAAAUACAUCAGUUAUAUUAAGCAUUUCAUACAGAUUACAAUGGUCCCUGACACCAUUCAAUUUAAAUGAAUAUUUCAGGAGUAAUCGUAAAUCAAAGUUUCAUUUCGAGCCAUAUAAUUGUACGAAAUGUUAAAGACGCUAUCCGCAGUUAGUUCAAAUUUUUACCACCUUAUGCGCUGGGAUCGCUUUACUUACCCCCGCCAUGCACUUCGCACGGUCCCAAUAAAACAAAGUCCCCCGCCACGUAUGUCUGUAUUGUCUGUAUGUUCGCGAUAAACUCAAAAACUACUGAACGGAUUUUCAUGCGGUUUUCACCUGUCAAUAGAGUGAUACUUGUGGAAGGUUUAGGUGUAUAAUUUAAGGUUUUGUGUAACCCGUGCGAAGCGAAAGUAGCUAGUGUUUUUAUACAGCGUACAUCGAAUUUUGUUUACAAGGCCUAGUCUGGCAACAUUUUGUAAAAUAAGGUUUAGUGUUUUCUUGGCUAGUUAUUUUCUAAUUUAAAAAACUUCUGCGUGCAUAAUAUUAAUAGCAUGGAGUGUGGAAUAAAGGAGUGAAAUCUCUUAUCGUAGAAAUGUUGCAAAAGUUUCCAGCUGUCAGCUAUAAAUAAUAGUUCCAAAUCUCUCCAGAGUAGCGCUAGAGUAGCUAAGAAUCUAGGCGUUAUUGACGGAGUGAAGUGCGCUGUCUAUGUUUUUUUUUCAAGUAUUCUAGGUAUUGUAGCGCCACCUAUUUAUGGUUUUUUGAUGGCACUUUUUGGUACAUGGAGAUUUCAUUCCUUACCUUCCAUAAUUUAUAGUUUAUAUAAGAAGUCAUUAGUUGAGUUUUUUGUUGUUAUAUCAUUUACUUAGUAACCUCUUUAGUAUUUUAUUUUUAUCUAAAAAAAACGAGUAAAAAAUAGGCAGCUAAUAUCCAUAAAACGUAGCGUUAUUUUCUAAAUAGCGACGGCGCACCUAUUGUUUUUUUAACCCUUAAUAUCGCAUAUGCAACGCAAACAUAUAUGGCAGUUAUAAUAUUCAACUUUAUUGACAGCUAUUAAAGUUCAAAUUUAAACGAAUUUAGGACAUGCGUUAAGGGGUUAAUACUACGUCUGCUGGAUUAUAGAGCUGGACACCUAUUUGGUAAUUGCCGGAUUACUAGGCGUGCCGGAUUGGCGAGCGCCGGUAUACCGAGCGCCUACUGUAGUUAGUUGCUCGUUCUGUUUAUUACUUCCGUCUGACUGAGAUGAAGUUUACUAGAUUAAGUUGUUAAUUUUCAAAUAAAUAUUGUUUACUUACUUAUAAA